CUUCCGAAUGUUUGAAACACCUCCGGCCUCCAGCGCCUCCUCCCGCCGCUCAGAGCCGCUCCUCCCGCCAGACCGGAGACUCAGACCGGAGACCGACACCGGAGACCCGCCGCCGCACCGCACCGAUGACCGACAACGAGCGAGCGGCCAGAAACCUCAAACACGUCCUGCAGAAACCGGGGAACGGCAGCUGUGCGGACUGCGGAGCCGACAAUCCAGAAUGGGGCUCUUGUUCUCUUGGCGUCUUCAUCUGUCUGGCCUGCUCCGGUGUUCAUCGCAGUAUUCCUACAAUCGGGAAAGUCAAAUCCCUCCGACUGUCCCGCUGGGAGGAUUCUGAAGUUCAGUUCUUGUCGGAGUGUGGAAAUGACUUGAUGAAGGCCGUGUACGAGGCUGCUGUUCCUGUUUAUUACUACAAACCCACACACAGAGACUGCCAGGUCCUGAAGGAGCAGUGGAUUCGAGCCAAAUACGAGAGGCAGGAGUUCACGGAGGUGGGAAAAAAGCUGAUCUAUGAGGACGGUACGGGAGAGAUCGUGGACUGGUUUAACUCCAUCCGUGCUGCUCAGCUGCAUUACCUGAAGGUGGCCUUUCCUGGAGCCACAGACGCAGAGCUCAAACCCAAACUCACACGCAGCUUCCUGAAAGAGGGAUACAUGGAGAAAACCGGCCCGCGGCAAACAGAGGGCUUUAAGAAGCGCUGGUUCACUCUGGAUCAUCGACGGCUCAUGUACUUUAAAGAUCCGCUGGAUGCGUUUGCUAAAGGCGAGGUGUUUCUGGGACACCGGGAUCACGGAUACCGUGUUACCAUCGGUCUUCCCGCCGGCUCUCACUGUAAUGGGGCGUGGCAGUUCGGCAUCACCAUAGAAACGCCCGAACGCAGCUUCCUGUUCACCUGUGAGACGGACACCGAACAGAAGGACUGGAUGAGUCAAUUCAACACACUCAUCUGCACACCUAUGAGCCCGCAGGAGUACAGCGUGGAGGCGUACUUCAAACACAAACACUGACGGAGCUCAGCCUGCGGAUCCUCAGCACACACUCCACAUCUCUACACUAAGUGUCACUGCGUUAUGAGUUAUGUAUCAUUGAAUUAUGUAUCAUUAUUAGAUCAUGAAACCCUCAAACACUCCCAUUUAACUUUCUUUUAAUGCAAUCAUACAGCUGUGGUUCAGUCCUGGUUCUGGAGAUGCAAACAUUUCCUAUGUCAUACAGCUCAGGUCAUAGUGCUCUGUGUUCAUGAACUGGUGUGUUUAAAUAAAGGAGAUUACAGAGCAUUGCUUCCCAGGUCCGGGAUUGAAAAGCACUGUUCUAAACUGGCACCAAACUCAGUGUUUACAGCAGGGAUGGGCAAACUCGAUCCUGGAGGGCCGGUGUCCCUGCAUAGUUUUGCACCAACCCUAAUCAAACACACCUGCUUGUAGCUUUCUAGUGAUCUUGAAGACACUAAUUAGGGUGUUCAGGUGUGUUUGAUUAGUGUUGGAGCAAAACUCUGCAGGGACACCGGCCCUCCAGGAUCGAGUUUGCCCAUGCCUGGUUUACAGUAUAAAGGCUCCAUCUAGUGGUGAGAUUGAGUUAUUUAUUGAUCAUCUGGCCCUUUAUGUGGACAUUUAUUAAAACUAAUGUUUAAGGGAUGGUAGGAAUUGGAUCAUUCUGUCAUUCUUUAUUCCCGUCAAAUAUUUCCGACUUAAAUUUUUCAACAGAACAUUAAAAUAUCUAUAUUUUUAAGCAGGAUCUUGCUGUUGUUUUGGUUUCUUUGGCAAAAUUAUGAGACUGCCUUUUGAAUUGCCUUAAAUUUUUUCUGUGGUGCAAACAGUCUUCCAAAAUUUGCAAUAAAAUGCAAAAGUAUUCACACCCCAGAUUCAUUUAUAUUCCACAACGCUUUGCAUAUUGCAUAUAUCUGCCAUAUAAUUCAUUCAUAUGAUUCCCGAUAUAAUGAACAGACUUUUAUCUAAGUAUUUGCUGUAUAUUUUUCCAAAACCUCAUUGGUUACUCUCAAAUCUCAAGUGUCACAUGACAGCUCAGUCAGGAUAUUUGAAUAUGCAUGGCCCCAAAUGAGCUGCAAAGUAAUAAACAAAGCAACACAAGGGUCAUCAAAUGAUGUCAGAAUGAUCUUUUCCAUGAGGGAUUAAUGCAACUUUUUAAUAAAGGAUUGAUCUAAUAA